CUUGUGCUGCGGGUGCAACCAUGGAUAAUGAUAUUUUUGAGAACCUUGUUUGGCUGGCUAUUGUGACUUUGAUAAGUGUUAUCCAGAAUGUUUCAUUUGCAUUUAAAGUGGAACACGAAGCGAAACAUCAGAAUUCCAAGAGUUUCCAGAGAACUGGCUCUCCUUCCUUUGAGAAAGUGUACUCAGCAAACCAAAACUGCGUUGAUGCAUACCCAACAUUCCUUGCUUUGCUUUGGUGUGCUGGAGUGUUCUGUAGUCAAGCGCCUGCAGCUUUUGCUGGAUUGAUCUAUCUGUUUGUUAGACAGAAGUACUUUGUAGGAUACCUUGGAGAGCAGACACAAAGCACUCCUGGAUACAUUUUCGGAAAGAGAAUCAUAUUUUUCCUAUUUCUUAUGUCAGUAGCUGGCAUUCUCAAUUAUUUUCUUGUGGCCAUCUUUGGAAGUGACAUGGAAAAGUAUUUAAAAACUAUCAGUGGAACUGUCUCAGCGCUUCUACUCAUUCCCUAGACUGUAAACCACUUGUAUGUCAUCUGGCAAAGUAAAAAUGUUUCCAUUUUUGUAUCAAUAAAGUUUUUGUCAAACUAUA